CUCCUUACUUUUCCAGUAUUUUCCUUUUCAUAACCCACAAAAACAAGACUACCCCAUUACAGAAAAAAGAAAAAGAGUAGUAACUACUAACUAGUAAUGGGUAAUCCAAGAUUCAAACUCUCAAAUAUAAUCCCAAAUGCUUGGUUUUACAAACUCAAAGACAUUAACACAACCACUAAAUCUUCCAAAUCUCAAUCCAACAAACCCAAAAAAGAUCAAUCCCCACCACCCCCAACAUCUUCUUCCACUCAAAAAAUCAACAAUAAUAAUCAAAAUUUUGAACCUCAAUUUCAACCCAGAAAAUCAUACCAUAUUACUAGAGAACUUGUUCAUCCAAGUAAUCAAGAACUAGAUUUUCUUCCAUUUUCUCCUCCAAGAAGAUCAAAAUCAUCCACUAAAUCAAAAAAAUCAAGUAGAAGAACAAAUUCUACUUCAUCAUGUAGCUGUAAAUCAACAGCAACUUUUCAAUCAUACCCUUCAAAAUCAAUUUCCCCAUCUUCUCCUCCUCUGUUUGAAGAUACUCUGCUUAAAAAAGAGCAUAAAACAGAGGAUGUCGAUAUCGUUAUCGACAUCGAUAAAGAUUCAUUCUUUACAGAGAUUGCUACAUUUGAUUUCAAACUCCCACCAAUUGUUACUAAACAAGAAUCAAAACCCAUCAAAGAAGAGAAGAUUAUUGCACCAGUUUUGAAGGAACAAAAGGUAAACCCAUCUCCAAGAAGAUUCCCAGAAAAAGGAAUGAGAUUGAAGGUAAAUUCACCAAGAAUAAUGGGUAUAAAACAAGGUCAAAAUGGAAGUUCUGGAAGGAAGAGUUUAAGUUCAAAAAAGAGAAGAAGUAUUUCAGAAAGCUUUGCAGUAGUGAAAUCUUCAUUUGAUCCUCAAAAGGAUUUUAAAGAAUCAAUGGUGGAAAUGAUUGUUCAGAAUAAUUUAAGAGCUUCAAAGGAUUUGGAAGAUUUGCUUGCUUGUUAUUUAUCACUUAAUUCAGAUGAGUAUCAUGAUGUUAUCAUCAAAGCUUUUAAGCAAAUUUGGUUUGAUUUUAGGCACCAAAAAAAGUUUGCUUAAAACAAUUUAUUUUAACAAGGGCAUUGUAUUGAGCUGAAAUGCACAGUAAGGUUUGGAGGCUCUCUGCAAAAUAGUUUAUUAGAUAAUUUUAACUUAUUUUAUACGAGUAGAAAAUUGGGUGAUCAAAUCAUUUAAUAUUUGUGUUUCGUAAAUUAGCUGGUUAAAACAGUUUAUUGUUAUAAGUAAGCUAUUUUUAAACAGGCUCCUUAUAUUAGCAGAUUUGAAUCAACUAGCCAAAAAAGUGAAAGUUAAUAAUAUCAACGAAUAAUCGCGGCUGUUUGUCAAACAGUUUAUAUGCACUAUUUCCCGAGAUAUAACUUUGUAGAAACGUUUUGUAUAUCGAGCAUUUUUUUUGUUAGAGCAUAAUAGAAUUAUGAGAUAUUUAUAUUUUUUUUACUUAUUAGUGAUGUUCAAGGUAGGUUCACUGUUAGAGAAGUAGUUGGAGUAAAAGAUUAUUGUAUUUAUAAUAUUUUUGUCUAUCGUAACUAGUUUUGAUAUUAAACAAAAAUAUUCUAAUAAUUCAGUUUAUAUAUGUAAUUUAUAAAGACAAAUAGUUUGGUACACCAUAAAUGAAAGAAUUUUUAGUCU